AUGAAUGUACGGAAGUCGGGCACUCCCGCCACGGUGGUCCUUGUCAAGAAUAUAUCCGAAGUGGCGCCUUUCGAUCGAUAUCAUCGUACCCAUGCAGGCAAACGGGUCUGCAGUCCAAAGUGGUGUAGAGGGCCCAGAUGUGACAAAGUUGCAUAUGGUGGCGAGUGUAUGCAGUCACUUUCGAAUUGGGAAGAAUAG